CUUCACGGUCGAGCUAGCUCGCUGAUAAGUGUAAACUAUCUCCAUCUCCUUGGUGGUCUCACCAGGCCAUCGGAAGAUAAGGAACCAUGGACAGGGAAGAAGAAGAAGAAGUUCUGGUUCUUAAUCAACCCUUAUUACCAGAACCAUCAACCGGAAACAGUACACCUGAAGAUCUACCUCGUAAAAGCCUUCCAUCAAGAGUUUGGAUAGAAACCAAGAAACUAUGGCGCAUCGUGGGCCCCGCUAUUGUCUCCCGGCUUGCCGGCUACACCAUGACCGUCAUUACUCAGGCCUUCGCUGGUCACCUCGGCGACAAUGAGCUCGCUGCAUUCUCGAUCGUCAACAAUGUCAUCCUCGGCUUCUCAUUUGGUCUCCUGUUGGGAAUGGCAAGCGCGCUGGAAACUCUGUGUGGGCAAGCUUUUGGGGCCAAAAGGUACCCAAUGCUCGGGAUUUAUCUCCAGAGAUCGUGGAUCGUGCUGUUCAUCUGCUGCGUUGUGCUAUCGCCAGUUUACAUUUACGCUUCUCCGAUUCUGAAACUAAUCGGGCAGACAGAUGAAGUGGCAGAGCUUUCGGAGGUGGUGUCCCUUUGGAUUUUGCCAAUGCAUUUCAGCUAUGCAAUUAUGUUCCCAUUGCAGAGGUUCUUGCAGAGCCAGCUCAAGAACUUUGUGACUUUGUGGAUGUCCGUGGUGGUUUUGGUGUUUCAUGCCCUGAUAAGCUGGAUUUUUGUGUAUGUUUUGGAUUUUGGGCUUGUGGGUGCGGCUGUGACUUUGGAUAUUUCAUGGUGGCUCUUGUGUUUCAUGAUGCUUGUGUAUGUGACUUGUGGUUGGUGUCCGCUGAGUUGGGCAGGUUUGUCAAUGGAGGCCUUUUCUGGGCUCUGGGAAUUUGUCAAGCUUUCCGCUGCUUCUGGCGUCAUGCUCUGCUUGGAAUUUUGGUAUUACAGAGUUUUGAUAUUGAUGACCGGAUUCUUAUCGGAUGCGACUCUUGCUGUUGAUGCCUUAUCAGUUUGCAUGACUGUAAAUGGGUGGGAGCUCAUGAUUCAUUUAGGUUUCUUGGCUGGAGUCGGAGUAAGGGUAGCAAAUGAGCUCGGAGCUGGAAAUGGUCCGGGAGCAAAGUUUGCAACCAAGGUUGCAGUGGCUGAAUCGAGCUUCAUCUCCCUUUUCUUCUGUGUACUCAUUAUCGCGUUACAUGACAAGUUCGCAUACAUCUUCACAUCAAGCACUACUGUCCUCCAAGCAGUUGAUCACUUGUCUUACCUCUUGGCUGUCACCAUUUUACUUAACGGGGUUCAACCCGUUUUGUCAGGCGUAGCUGUUGGCUCAGGAUGGCAAGCAUGGGUGGCAUACGUAAAUCUUUUCUGCUACUACAUUGUUGGGCUCCCACUUGGAAUAGUAUUGGCAUGGGUUGCUGACUAUGGUGUUUUGGGUCUAUGGUCUGGGAUGAUCCUUGGUGGAACUCUUAUACAAACUGUGAUUUUGGCUAUCAUCACAGCACGACGUGAUUGGGAAAAUGAGGCACUAACUGCUGGCCGGCGGGUAAAGAAGUGGUCUACACCAGAUAAUCAAACAGAGGGAUAGCAAUAACAGCAGAAGCUUAUGCAUUCCAGUCAGCUGAAGGAAAAUAACAUAGAGGAGCAUAAAUGUUUUCCUGUUAUACUUAUCAAACCCAUUUUUGUAACAUUCUGAUUAAACUACUUUGUGUAUGUUGGGUAAAAUUCGAUCUAGGACCAUUUCAAUUUUGCUAGAGAAAUGGGAAGGUUAUUCGUUCCCAGCAAAAGUGAAAUCAAACAAUAGAGUAUGGAUACCAGAGCUCGAAUCUCCACUA